GCAGGUUUUGGGCGUUGUUUUGAAACUAUCUUCCCCACCGCUCCGCCGAUAGAAUAGAUUUCCUUCCAGCGCCCGACAAAAAUGUCAGCGGCGCGAGUUUUUGUUCCAUUCCUGAAGGAAGCUCAUGUAAUGUAACCCUCAGAGAUUUUGCAGUCUUGUGUUCUUCAUUAUUCCUUCCUAAUUUCCCGCCGAAGAGUUAGCUUUCGUCAAUGCUCUCACUGACUGACUUGUCCGAAUCGUUGGCAUCUGGGUUUUCAAUGUUCAUUGCAUGAAUUGGUUUCCUUGUAUUGGUUCUGAUUUUCAGUUCACGGUGGUGUGAGUUACGAGUUCGAAUUUGUUACCGAGGAAGUCAUGAUCGAUGUGGGUAGAUUAAUAGGGGCUGUCUCUUGUUUGUUGAGCUAGAAAUUAAGUUUAUGCAUGCUUGUUCAAAUAUUUUGAAGAGCUCGAUCGUGUGAGGAAAAAGGAAAGAAAUGCUUUCUAUCUGUUGGAAGAUUGAGGCGUAUCUAUCUUUCUCUUCUCCUGGAGUCUUAUUUUCGCUCUUCAAAAAUGGUUGUCGCUUGGACUUGUAGUCGCCGAGGUUAUUCGAUCAGUACUUGAUGUUUGAACAGCUCAAAUAUAUGGGUUGAUUCCCAUACAUGUUAAGAUUCAGGUAUCCUCCCGUACGUCGAUUCCCCUAGACCUUUCUCAAGCAUGGGCGAUACUACAGUCUUGGUUCAGGCUCGAGACCCAGCUAAGCUAAGCAUGGAGAUAGAGACUGCGCGCAAUAGAUGAACAUAUAUAGGUUCAGUGAUUCAUGGAAACUAACGGCUUAUGCAUGCAGAUGGAAGGGUUUCUCAAUCUCAACCAUGGGCGAUACUACAGUCCGUCUUGAGCAAGCUCCUAAUUAACAGGCUGUUGCGGAGAAUUACUCGAUGCAUGGUCGAUGAAAGCUUUCUUUUGAUCCUCGGGAGGCUGCCCCUUGUCCCUGCGCUGGCUGCUUCCAAGGUGCCAUAUAUAUAGUAUGAAAAUGCAAAAGGAGCCAAACAGACGUAGAAUUAAUUGCCACUUGACCUCACUUAAUUAUGUCAUUUAUCUGAUAAGAGGAUCGAGAGGAAGGAAUCUUAGGUUGUUUCGAAACAACCAAUAGAAGGUCGAUUGUAAGACUACUUUAGAUACAACGCUAGUUAAAAAUUAUUAUAUGCUACUUAUUUUAUUCUCAAUUUAGACGAAGAGAAAAUGUACAUACGUAGCAUGAUUCAUGAGAGACCGAGGCUCGGGCUUAGACAAUUAGACAUAAGCUCAUGAAAAAAUUGCUUUAGUUAGUAUACUAAUCUAGAUACUUACUAAGUUCUAUAAGGAUUAACGAAAAUGACCAUCGCGUUAGUUAUUUCAGACAAGUUUCUUGUAAAAUCAAAUUUCAGCUACCGAUUUAUCAAUGCCCACAAAGUCUAAUGGCCAUUCCUGCAAUUGACCAUCACGUCGGUCGGUGGGCAAAUAUUCAAAUUCAAAAAUCUGCAGCAUGUGAAGGCAGCCGACCCCUCCGUCGUUCGCGCGCAAUUCCCCAGGCGAGGGAUCGUUAAUUACACGGCUACCGAUCACCAUUAACGACGCAUACCUUAAUUUCCAAGCAACUUCCUUCCCUAUUCUUCGCUCUAUCUAUAUAACCAGAGAACCUCUCCAGCAGAUCGAAAUCCGCCGCUCCCUCAGUUAACAUCUACAUCUCUUUCAAUCGCCGCCGGUGGCCGCCGAUUUUACAGAAAAUGACGGCGAUGCUGUUACCAGCAGCGUUGGUCGCGGCGGCGGUGAUGCUGAUGUUGGCGGUGGAAGAUGGUGGCGGCAGAGCGGAGGCGGCGAUCGGGAUGCAGCAGCCGUUGAAGCUCAAGUACCAGUACUACAGGAGGUACACAAGUUGCAAGUACGCGGAGGAGUUCGUGAAGCACCAAGUGACUCUGUACUGGAACAGAGACAAAACCAUCACCGCCAAGCUCCUCCGCUUGCUCUACUCCGACUGCUUCGUCACCGGGUGUGACGCGUCGAUACUACUGGACGGGCCAGACUCGGAGAAGAUGGCUCAUCAGAACGCGAGGCUGGGUGGGUUCGACCUUAUCGACAAGAUCAAGACCGUGAUGGAGAGUCGAUGCCCUGGCGUGGUCUCAUGUGCCGAUAUCCUUAACCUCGCCACCAGAGAUGCUGUUCACUUAGCAGGGGGCCCAUCGUAUCCGUUGUUUACAGGGCGAAGGGAUGGAAUGACAUCGAGGGCAUCGACAGUGGAUCUCCCCUCGGCUUCCAUCUCGAGCAAAGCUGCGUUGGCAUACUUCGAAUCCAAGACCUUGGAUGUUCUUGACAUGGCCACCUUAUUAGGUGCACAUGCGAUUGGAACGACUGAUUGCAGCAACGUGGUCGACCGGCUCUACAACUUCAACAAAACUGGGAAGCCAGACCCAACCAUGAGCAAAGAAUUUGCAGACCAACUGAGGAAGACCUGCCCUCCUCCGAGUAACAUGAAGGGACAACAAGCUAAGAGCCCCUGGGUUUAUCUGAACCCGGAUUCAGGACCCAGCUACCAGCUGGGGAACUCAUACUACAAGAGGGCACUGGCUUACCAGUCUGUGCUUGGAGUCGACCAGCAGCUGCUCUACAACAAUGAUACCCGAGAGCUCACUAGUGAGUAUGGUGACGAGUCCCCCUGGAAGAAUGGCUUUGAAGGCUGGCGGAGGUCCCUCACCCUCUCCAUGAACAGGAUGGGGAACAUCAAUGUGUUGACUGGGAAUUCAACAGGGGAGAUUCGUAGGAGCUGCCGGUACACGAACCAAAGAGGCUAAAAGUUUCAACCAAACACGAGAUGCUGGAUGGAUAAACAAAGUUGUAUUGCAAUAUAAAUGUGUUUCGAUUCUUCUGUCAAAUGUUUUCAUGAAUGUAGGCGGAGUGAUGUAACAGAUUACAAAUAAGACAGCAAGAUCAAGUAUCUUGUAUUCAUUAAUGGAAGAAGAAAAAGAAAAAAAGAAACAGAUUUGAGUAUGUUGGAGUAGACAUCUAUUCUAUUCUAUCUUCCGCUGCAGGAGGUGAGAACUCAACAGUAGGCCGUAUGACUAUUUAUUUACUUUCAAGUUUCGACACCUUUCGAACUCUUUUUAGAACCCUAUAAACAGACUAACAGAGAUGAUGAAGCAUACGUUGUUCUCAAUACAAAGAAUCUGCUGUGUCUAACCGUAUUGCGCAGGUAAACAAAAAAAUUCUACCAAAUGAAAACAGAUGUAUCUUCAGUUUCCUGACCUGAUAACCAGAUGAACCAAAUCCCAGCUACUGGAGUUGCGCACUCUUGUUCUUCUGAUGGGCCUCCGGAGAAGAGAGAAACAGGUAGCCACUGCAUGAUGAAUGAAGAACGUAAGCUUCUGAUGGAGCAAUUCUAACAUUAAACUAACUCCGUAGUUACAAACUUACAAUUAGGACCAAACUUCAAUUCUGAAACGAACUGAGCUAUUUAUCCACGCUAAAGUACAUAAAUUUCUUAAUCUCACCCACAUUUGAAAGAUUAGAUCAAUAGUUUUGGCUAAAAGAAGAAAGUUCAUGUCCUCUCAAGUAGAGAGUGGGCUGAUAGCAAAAACCUAUUUCAUGCUCUUAUUUCAUAUACUACCUCAACAUUUACAAGAUCAGUCCCUCUUCGUUCGAGAACUGAUGUAAAUAGCAAGCAGUUCAGCUCAACUAACUGACCAUGCCCACAACAAUUUGUACUCAUUGUAACAGUAAUCCAUAGAGUUCCCAGUCAGCAAGGAACACUUGGUAAACUACUACUGGGAAGAGAAAUGAAUCCAUAAACUGCUG